UUACAGGUGGUUCUAGCAGCAUCCGCUGCCAUUGUUCUGGCGGCCGAUAAUAAAGAGAAAACUUCUGCCACUGGCGAAGAAAAGAAACAGGAUAAGCGAGGAAUAUUUGAAUUUGGUGUUCAUGAUUUUGGAGGCGGUGGACAUGACAUCGGCGGUGGUCAUGACUUCGGCGGUUCUUCCGGCGGCGGUGGUCACGAAUUAGGCGGUGGCGGUCACGAUUUCGGCGGUCACGACUUUGGAGGCUCUUCCGGCGGUGGUCACUCAUUUGGUGGUCAUUCAUUUGGUGGAUCUUCAGGAGGCGGUCAUGAAUUUGGUGGUCACGAUUUUGGAGGUCAUGAACACAAGGAACAUAUUAAAACAGUGACUGUUGUUAAGAAGAUUCCAGUACCUUAUACCGUAGAGAAAAAGGUCCCAUAUACAGUAGAGAAAAAAAUUCCCUACGAAGUCAAGGUACCAGUGCCACAACCUUACAAUGUAGAGAAGAAAGUACCUUAUCCAGUAAAGGUUUACGUUAAAGUACCGGUGCAUGUUCCACAACCUUACACCGUUGAGAAAAAGGUCCCUUAUGAAGUGAAGUACCCCGUAGAUAAACCCUAUGAAGUCAAAGUAUACGUACCUCAACCAUACACCGUCGAGAAAAAGGUACCAUAUGAAGUGAAAGUUCCUGUUCCCCAACCCUACACUGUUGAGAAGAAAGUACCUUACCCAGUAGAAGUUAAAGUACCUGUUCCCCAACCUUACACCGUAGAGAAGAAAGUACCUUAUGAAGUCAAGGUUCCUGUAGACAAACCAUAUACAGUUCACGUGCCAAAACCAUACCACGUCACCGUCGAAAAACCUUACCCAGUGUAUGUAGAGAAAAAGGUCCCAUACGAAGUUAAAGUGCCAGUAGACAAACCAUACACAGUCGAAAUCAAGAAACCAGUACCAUACGAAGUAAAGGUACAAGUACCACAACCUUACACUGUCGAGAAAAAGGUUCCAUACACUGUCGAAAAACCAGUACCUUACGAGGUUAAGGUUCCAGUAGACAAGCCUUAUCACGUCUACAAAGAGGUCCCGUAUCCAGUUGUUAAAGAGGUGCCUUAUCCAGUCAAAGUACCAAUCCACGUUCCAGUACAUUUGCCAAAGGAGAGCCAUUCAUGGGGAAGCGAACACUCCGGAGGAUAUGGACAUCACUGAAGCCAAAACAAGAUGUAGUUUUUAAUUAUUUGUUGAUAACACAA